AUGGCAACCACCACAGAAGGGUCCUCUCGGCUCCCCGUCCAAGUCCAAAAACCCACCCCCUACACCUUCGAUCUCGGGCUACUCCUCGCCCAAGAUCCCAACCCUUUGCAACUCAGCACCGCUUCGCAGCUCGAAGAAGACCUGGCGGCCACGGCGCGAGAUGGCGCGCAGGCGCUGAUCAAUCAGUUGCUGAGUACGUGUCCGAUUACGUCGACGCCUAGUGGGGUUUUGCUGUCGCUGCCUGCUAUUGAGUCUAGGAUUCCUAGGGAGAAGCCCCUCCCAACGCCCGCGGCCCAAACGACCUGGCAAAAAUUCGCAGCCAAGAAAGGCAUCAAGCCCAAGAGCGCCGCGACACGGCAAAACCUACAAUACAACCCUGACACCGGCGAAUGGGAGAAGAAAUGGGGUUACAAGGGCGCGAACAAAGCGAAGGAUGAUCAGUGGAUAGUCGAGGUUGAUGAGAAGAAGGAGGUUGAUGGGGAUGGGGGCCGCGGGGCGGGAAGGAGGGAGAGGAGGGAGAGGGUUAAGAGGAAUGAGAGGUUGAUGAGGAGGAAUGAGAGAAGGGGUAGGAAGGGCGGUGGGAAUUAG